AUGGGUAUGGACAUUGACAACAACAUUACAGCUACAAAAAUGCUGAUACCUCCUCCAUCCAGUGUACCCACAAAAAAGUCUCCUCCACCGCCAUGGUUUCUUAUUGCCAUCCCCAAGCCCAGGAACAAGAAGCACAACACCGAUUUCAUACAAGUUGAUGCAUCCUUAGAAAACCUGAAAGCUAUUUUAUAUAAGGAUUUCCCAUUUGCCAGUGUUGGUCUCCACCUCCUUGACGCCAUAGAGCACGACCCCAAUUUCUCUCCAGGCCCUACUUCCCCUCAAGUGUUCAGUUUUAUUGAGCGGAUUAAGCAGGCGGACCCAAACUCCCCCAAAUUUGAUGAAGAUAACCAUGAUCUUGUCACUGUGAUUCUGGCCUUGCUGCCUGAAAAACAACCUUCAAAGACUGAGGUUGCAUUACUUAUGACUAAUCAAAAAUUGAAGAAGGUCCCUUGCAAGGCCACAAGAACCUAA